AUGGCCGACUCUGGGCUCCCGGCUGCCGGGCGGCCGCUCACCGACGACGAAAUGGCGGAGGUGAAGAAGGAAGUAAGGACCGCGAGAACGCAGAGAGGAGCCUCUGCCCCUCCAGACACGCGGGGCGGGAGGGAAAGCGCGGGGGGGGGUUCGUAUCGUGUGAAUGGAAAAGCGUGUCGUGGGAAAUGGGGAGAGCGGUGGGGAGGGGUAAAGCUUUUGGGGAGGGGUCGUGUGGCGGGGUGCUUGUUUAUAAGGCAGUGAAUGCCGACGCUGCCGUGUUCUCUCGUUUUUUUAAAAAAGCAAAAAGCGCUGGUUUGUUUAUGGCUCCUCAGUGCCAAGAUUCCCGCCUUUUUGUUUUGUUUCUCUGCUGGAAAAGGGGAGAUGCCUUUUCCUGCCACUGUAGGAUGGGCGUAGUAGCUGCUGCUCCCCCCCCCCCCCCGCCACCAGAUCAAUAAAAAUAAAUAAAAAUACUUAACUCAUGGAAGGCCUGCCCCACCCCCACUAACCAAAGUCUGCCCCCCCCCAACUCCCAACAAAAAACCCAUUCUCUGUAGCAAGAGGGUGAGAAGGAGGAAAUGCAUACCUGCGGGUGCCUUGGAUAAGAUCCUGGCUCUGGCCUGUAAGAUGGAUAAUGUCCUGGGGUAAUGGUGUGAAGAUCAUAUGCCCUUUUAAAAUGUGGGUUUUUUGGGGGGGUGGGGUAGUUAUUGGGUUGUUUUUAUUUUGAUUGUGCAUUUUGCAGUUUUGUAUUUUAUUCUGUGAACCACCUGCCCCUGAGACCUCUGGGUAUAGGGUGGUACAGUGGUGCCCCGCAAGACGAAUGCCUCGCAAGACGGAAAACUCGCUAGACGAAAGAGUUUUCCGUUUUGGAGGUGCCUCGCAAAACGAAUCUGCAAUGGGCUUGCUUCGCAAUACGAAAAUGUCUUGCGAGUUCCUGGGUUUUUUUUUUCCUUUUCCCCCUCUUUUUCUAAGUCGCUAAGCCGCUUAUCUGCUUAUCCGAUAAGCUGAUAAGCUGCUAAAAGCCGCUAAAAGGCGCUAAUCCGCUAAUCCCGUCAAUGGGCUUGCUUCGCAAGACAAAAAACCGCUAGACGAAGAGACUCCCAGAACGGAUUCUUUUCGUCUUGCGAGGCACCACUGUAUAUAAAUUCAGUUAAUAAUAAUAAUAAGCAUAAUGGAGGUUUCUGUAUUCCUUUCACCACCGCCACCCCUUCUACUCUUGGUCCCCAGUGCACCACCCACUGAGGGGUGCCGACUUGAAUAAAAUAUUAGGUGGGGGGAGCCAGGUAAGCCUCGCCCCCACACAAUGGAUUGCAUGAUAUGGUGCUCACACACUGCUUGAAUGGCCAUGUCCAUCAACUUGGGGGGGGGCUGGCCCCCUCAAAUAUUCUAUUGGGGGAGGGGCGAAGAGACCCCAGCCCCUUUGAGUUGGUUGCUUCUGUGCACCCACCCCACUGCUCAACCUGCGUCAGAAGGGCUGUAUUAGAACGUAAAAUAUACUGUACUAGGUGAGAUUUGUGAGUAAUGACAAUCGCAGUUCCUAGCAGUGGGGCAUGUUCUCACAGGAAUGUCACUGUUGGGGGGCAGGGAAGGUUGUUCUCUGAAUUGCAGAAAAGUCUCUGGGUGAGUGCCCUUCCGUGUCCUAGAAGAACAGUAAAAAGGAGGAAGGAAGGUCCACUAAAUCGCAUGCAUUCUGCCCUCGGAUGUAAAUUUCUACGUAGGAAUUUCUCUUGGAGUGUUUAUAGGAAUUCCCCUCUUUUGUUUCUGAGCUUGACACAUGUAUGAGUCAAUAAAAGUAGUUCUUGCUAGUUCUAUUUUUUCCUUCUAUGAAGUCCACAUACUGUGUGUAGAAUAUACGAUGUUUUUUUCAGAACCAUAAAUCUCUCUCAGUACGUUAUUACUUUAUGCUGGGCCAGAGGGUAAUAACAGUUUAUGUUCACAGCAGUAGUGUAAUGACAAAUUUAGGAAGUGCAUGAUGUCGCAGCCGCUCCUCUUCUUAGAUUGCACCAUAAUAUACGUAAUUAUAUAGUAAUAAUUUGGGAUGCAUUGCAAUCAUCAAUGCAGAUCUCCAUUUGUUGCUUUUCAGCUAGAUACAAUUUUUUCUGUGCAUGUAUACAAAUAAAUGAUUUGGAGUGCUGCAAUAUUUUAUUUCACAGUGACUUUCCUCCAUGUUCCAUUGUACUUAACAGAAUUUGAGCACCAUUCUCUUGAAGCUGAAGCACUUUGUGUUUUCAGUGUUCCUAAAUGCUAAGCUUUGGAGUAUACACCUCAGUUUUAUUUCCAUGGACCUUCACCCGAGUGACCCUAGGAGCCAAUCUUUCCUCCUUUCAAUUGGAUUGGCUCCAGUGUGCACAAAGGGUGAGAAGACCUCUUCUCAGUGGCUAAAAAAUUCCCCUUUCAUGCUGAUUGGGGAGCUCUAGAAUACUAAAGAGAGAAAUAGCUGAAACACCUUUGGUAACCCCUUGCUGGCAAUUUCCUUUUUGUUUCUGUAGUCAACAUACAGAUACUUUACCUUAACUUGAAACAUCUGAUUCCUUUCUGGUGUGUGUGUGUGUGUGUGUGUGUGUGUGUGUGUGUGUUAGUCAAUGAUAGUGAUUAAUGAAAUUUGUUACAAUUUGAAAGCUAGGAUGAGUAUUUGAAUGUGCACCAAGAACUACCACACAUAUAUUCAUAGCACAACAUACAAGAUGAAAAAUUCAUCUGUUGCUAACUUUGUCAUUUCUUCUUGCUAGGUUUUGGAACGAUUGCGCCGCUAUCUGUGUGACAAAAUUAUUGCAGAAAGACACUUUGAUUAUCUACGUUCAAAAAAAAUACUCAGCAGAGAGGACACUGAAGAAAUCUCUUGUCGAUCUUCAAGUAGGAAGAAAGCUGGGAAGCUGCUGGAUUACUUAGCAGAACAUCCCAAAGGACUGGAUGCACUAAUAGAAUCUAUUAGAUGGGAAAAAACACAGACCUUCCUGUUAGAAAAGAUAACCGAUGCUGUCUUGAAGGCAAAAAAUGAAAAACUGGAAAGCCUCAAAGGUAAAUGGAAUAACAUGCAUUUGAAUCUAUUCCAAAAGGUUUUGUAAAAAUUAAUUUUCAUGCAACUUGCUUCUGUGCGUGUUUGCUCAAAAAUGUGUUCCACUGAUUUCGGGGGACUUAUGCCAGGUAAAACUUCAUUUGUCAGCCGUGGGUUUUGGUCCUCUUUUCGUACUUAGGAUGAAUAAACCUAAGGCACAAGCUACUGACCAGAAUUAGUUUGGUCAAAGUCAGGUGAUAGCAUUAGGGUGGGGGUGGGGGUGUCCUUUGGAAAGGGGAUAUGUGGAAGAACUUAAUAUGUUUCUAUUUGAGUGUUUCAUGUCUGGCCUGGGUAGUUGCAUUGGAUUAUAUUGGUAAUUGGUUUCUGCCUUUUAAUUUUACCUCUUAAGAACCUGCUGUAUCAGGCCAAGGGCCCGUCUACUGCAGCAUCCUGUCCUCACAGUGGUCAACUACAUGCCUCUGUACCUGAGGAUUGGAAAGUGGUCAACGUAACACCAAUUUUUAAAAAUAAGAACCAGUACUCGUAACACCGCUUGCAGGGACUCAAGAGGCAGUGUUGUAGACUUAAAAAAACAAACAAACCACCACACUAUGUAAAUUGUAUGCAAAUGAUACAUUUUAUGUCUUUAUUACAGGCUUGAACUGUAGCAACUGCAUGGCUUCAGGGUAUGACCAAUCGAACAAUCUCUCUAGAUCACAGUCGAAUGAAUCUAAUCUCUUUGAGAAACAAAAAGACAGAGAAACCACCUACCUUCAUCCGGAAGAGUUUAGUACAUCUGCUUUUGUAUCCGCCGCUUCUCUUCAUUCAAUGAAUUUGCCAAUUACUGAGGUUGGAAGUACGGAAAACUCUGUUUUCUCAGCCACGCUUCCCGGCCCUGGAGAUUCUGGAGCCCCACCUCUUCCGCCACAAUUGCAAAAUGAACAAGAGGAAACAUGUACGACUUCGAGUGACAGUCCUUUCCUGCCUUUAAGAUCCCGCUCUCUUCUUCCGUAG